GGGGUAGAGCUGCUGACGUUUGCGCCGCGCACGACAAUGUCCGCCAUGUUAGUGUCUGACGCAGGCGCCAUUACAGGAGAAAUCUGUUUUGAGGCGGCUAUGUCCGCUUGUCGGUCCCCAGCAGUGUUUCCGGAAGGCGGGGGUAGUGUUUAAUAGUUUUACUUAGCGACUAGAUACCCGAUAUUAAAUGCGAUGAAGAAAGGGGGCAAUAUUUUGACACGGGGCCUGUAGGCGUUCCUGUGUGGCGCCAAGUUCAGUUUUGUCAGGGAGAUGCAUCCGGGAAAGCACUAGUCGGCCCGCGCUCUUUUGUGUGAAUGCGGAGGACACGCUUUCACCCGGCCUGUCUCCCAUUGCAUCCUAUCAUCGACCUCAAUCUCUUAGCCAGAGGCCGGAGGUCCUGAGCCACCGGCUCUCAAAGCUUGGUGCAUUCUACACUCAUCAGGAGCCCGGCGCGUCACGAGGCUUUCCGCGGUAGCUGGUCAGUGCCGACCCUCGUUAGAGCGUACAAUGAGCUAAGCCUCGGCUUAGAUUCAGGAGCGCCCCCUCCUCACGGCUGGAGCGGCGACGUUACGUGGCGCCCACUCGUUCAUUUGUCUUCUGAGUUCCUGCUUUGCAGACAGCAAUGGCAGCCCGAGUGCUUGUAAUUGGCAGUGGAGGAAGGGAGCACACUCUGGCCUGGAAACUUGCGCAGUCUCCUCAUGUCAAACAAGUGCUGGUCGCCCCAGGAAACGCAGGCACUGCUUGCUCCGAAAAGAUUUCAAAUGCCGCCGUCUCAGUCAGCAAUCACGCUGCCCUCGCUCAGUUCUGCAAAGAUGAGAAAAUAGAAUUCGUGGUGGUUGGACCGGAGGCGCCUCUGGCUGCUGGAAUUGUUGGUAACCUCACAUCUGCGGGCGUGCGAUGCUUUGGCCCCACAGCAGAAGCAGCUCAACUGGAGUCCAGCAAAAGGUUUGCCAAAGAGUUUAUGGAUCGACAUGGAAUCCCAACUGCAAAGUGGAGAGCUUUCACCAAACCUGAAGAAGCCUGCAGCUUCAUCAUGAGCGCCGACUUCCCUGCCUUGGUCGUGAAGGCCAGUGGUCUUGCCGCCGGGAAAGGAGUGAUUGUUGCCAAGAGCAAAGAAGAGGCCUGCAGAGCUGUGCAGGACAUCAUGCAGGACAAAGCUUUUGGAGCAGCUGGAGAAACAAUUGUCGUUGAAGAGCUUCUUGAAGGAGAAGAGGUGUCUUGUCUGUGUUUCACUGAUGGAAGAACUGUGGCCCCGAUGCCCCCAGCACAGGACCAUAAGCGAUUGCUGGAAGGAGAUGUCGGCCCCAACACAGGGGGCAUGGGAGCCUAUUGUCCGACACCUCAGGUUUCCAGGGAUUUGUUACUGAGAAUUAACAAUACCAUUCUUCAGAGGACAGUGGAUGGCAUGCAGCAGGAGGGUACGCCAUACACAGGUGUUUUGUACGCUGGUAUAAUGCUGACCAAGGACGGCCCCAAAGUUCUGGAGUUUAAUUGUCGUUUUGGUGACCCAGAGUGCCAAGUAAUCCUCCCACUUCUUAAAAGCGACCUUUAUGAGGUGAUCCAGUCCACCUUGGAUGGCCUGCUCUGCACAGCUCUGCCCACUUGGCUGGAACACGGCACCGCCAUCACUGUCGUCAUGGCAAGUAAAGGUUAUCCUGGAGACUACACCAAGGGUGUGGAGAUCACAGGGUUUCCUGAGGCUCAGGCGUUAGGGCUGGAGGUGUUCCAUGCAGGCACUGCCCUGAAGGACGGUAGAGUGGUGACUAACGGGGGUAGAGUCCUCACAGUAACCGCCAUCCGGGAAGAUCUCCCGUCAGCGCUUGAAGAGGCCAAGAAGGGACUGGCUGCUAUAAAGUUUGAGGGAGCCGUUUACAGGAAGGACAUUGGCCGUCGUGCCCUAGCCUUCCUCCAGCAGCCCAGGGGUCUGACUUACAAGGAAGCUGGGGUAGAUAUUGCAGCUGGAGAUAUGCUGGUCAAGAAAAUUAAGCCUUUAGCAAGAGCCACCUCCAGACCAGGCUGUGAGGUUGAUCUUGGAGGUUUUGCUGGCCUUUUUGAUUUGAAAGCAGCCAGUUUCAAAGAUCCUCUUCUGGCCUCUGGAACAGAUGGCGUUGGAACUAAACUGAAGAUUGCCCAGCUGUGCAAUAAACAUGAUACUAUUGGUCAAGAUCUGGUCGCCAUGUGUGUAAAUGAUAUUCUGGCACAAGGGGCAGAGCCUCUCUUCUUCCUGGACUACUUUUCCUGUGGAAAACUCAACCUUGAUACAGCAGAAGCUGUUGUCGCUGGGAUCGCGGAAGCUUGUGGAAAAGCUGGAUGUGCUCUCCUUGGAGGUGAAACAGCUGAAAUGCCUGACAUGUACCCUCCCGGAGAGUAUGACCUGGCCGGAUUUGCCGUCGGUGCCGUGGAGCGGGAUCAGAAACUUCCUCACAUGGACAGAAUCAUGGAGGGGGAUGCGGUUAUUGGAGUAGCUUCAUCUGGCCUCCAUAGCAAUGGGUUUAGCCUCGUGAGGAAGAUUGUGGAGAAAUCUUGCCUCUCGUACUCCUCCCCAGCACCUGAGGGCUGUGGUGACCAAACGCUAGGGCAGUUACUUCUAACUCCAACUAGAAUCUACAGCCAGACACUGUUACCCGUCCUACGUUCAGGACACGUCAAGGCUUUUGCGCAUAUCACUGGAGGAGGGUUGCUAGAAAACAUCCCCAGAGUCCUUCCUCAGGGACUUGGGGUGGACCUAGAUGCUUGGGCCUGGGGGAUCCCCAGGAUCUUCUCGUGGUUGCAGCAGGAAGGGCACCUUGCUGAAGAAGAGAUGGCCAGAACGUUUAACUGUGGGAUUGGGGCUGCCCUCGUGGUCCCCAGGGAUCUGACGGAGCAGAUUCUGAGGGAUAUUCAGCAGCACAAGGAAGAAGCCUGGGUGAUUGGCAGUGUGGUUGCAUGUCCUGCGGAUUCCCCGCGUGUGAAAGUCAGGAAUCUGAUGGAAAGCAUGCAGAUAAACAGGUCAGUGUUGGAGAACAGCUCCCUGGAAAAUCACGUCUCUGUCCAACCACCAAGGGCACGAGUGGCUGUCCUGAUAUCUGGAACAGGCUCGAACCUCCAAGCACUGAUUGACAGUACUCGGGAGCCACACAGCUCUGCACGCGUUGUUGUUGUCAUCUCCAACAAAGCCGCAGUGGCUGGACUGGACAAAGCAGAGACAGCUGGUAUUCCCACCAGAGUAAUAAACCAUAAAUUAUAUAAAAGUCGUGUAGAAUUUGACAAUGCAGUCGACCAAGUCCUUGAAGAGUUCUCCACAGACAUAGUGUGUCUCGCAGGAUUCAUGAGAAUUUUAUCUGGCCCUUUUGUCAGGAAAUGGAAUGGGCGAAUGCUCAACAUCCACCCGUCCUUGCUGCCUUCUUUUAAGGGGGCGAACGCCCACGAGCAAGCCCUGGAGGCCGGUGUCGCCGUCACUGGCUGCACUGUCCACUUCGUAGCCGAAGACGUAGAUGCGGGACAAAUUAUUUUACAAGAAGCUGUUCCGGUGAAGAGGGGUGACUCCGUGGCGACUCUGUCUGAAAGGGUGAAGACAGCAGAACAUAAGAUAUUCCCUGCGGCCCUCCAGCUGGUGGCCAGCGGGGCAGUCCAGCUUGGAGAAAACGGCAAGAUCUGUUGGGUCAAAAAGGAGUGACGCCUCCUGGUUACUCAGAAAUGGAGCCAGUUUUGAAAGAACUGGGUCAGACGGUAAAGCCUCUUAAUUCAGAAAUGGGGCCAGUUUUGAAAGAAUUAUGGCUAUUAGUAUGGUGGCUUUUUAUCACGGACUCAGCCCAGAAGAAAAACUACUAAAAGACGAUUUUACGCUUACCUCUUUGGCCAUUUUUUUGGGAACAGAUUCAGUAAAAAUAAGACUAACACAGCAUAAGCAGUUUAAAAUCUGUUUGAAAACCUUGUCAACUUCAUAGCUAACACCACCCUGUGGAAGUCGUGUCUAAGGCAAAUGCUUUUUCCCGCAGUUAUCUUUCAGGUCUUACCUGGUUUGGACCUCCUUGUUUCAUCAUCAAGCGAGUCACUCAGAGUUCCUUGGUCUCUCUGGCCCUCUCUGUCUGACCAGUGUCACCUCCAUUUUCACAAGUUAUACGUUCCCUCAUCUUUGAAGAGUUCACGAACAAGCCUGAUAAGUUAAUGGCUCUUUGUCAUGCUGUCUAUCUGUACUGAUCUGAAUUGGGACUCCUCAGAUGAUCCUGAUCAUAAAAUUUCUAGGUUGCUCCCAUUUCCCAGGCAGUGCCUUGUCCUUUAAUUAUUGACAGUUUCUCUCAUACCCAGAUGUUAGCUUCUGAUCUAAGGAUUAUAAACAUCCGUACUCUUAUAAAUAACGAGAGGGUUGAAUGGAGAGUUGGGUGGCUUCUAGGUUUAGACACAGGACUUCAGGCACGUUCUCCUCUGUCUCUCAUCUCAGUCGGCCAAUGCCUGUCACACAGUUGUUUUGAGAAACGCUGUAACUCGUGUCAAGUGUGAGGACAGCGUUUGCUGCCGAGCAGCCCCCCAAAGGCUGGCUUUAGUUCAUAGUUCCAGCUCUAAAAGCUACUGUAAUUUAUUAUUCAGCAGAUACAUCUUGAGCAUAAAAUCCGGGAGGGUGAUA